CGAAUAAUGGCAACCCGACGCUUCGAUGUCGCGGGCAAUUUCAUCGAGCCCUCGAUUGGCGAUGACGCUACCACGUCAGGUGACUUGCGGGCGCCGUAUGAGAUCGCCAGGUUACCUACCAUGGAGAUGAUGCUGAGUGUGCCACCAGAGUUUAUCGUUCGACACGUCCACCUGGGUGCAGAAGCCGAGUUGCUGCUGCACAUAGGCGACCUUGGAGCAAAGCUGGACAACGUUCUGGAAGUGACCUUGGAGCAGGCAAGCGACUACGCUCGUUGCCAUUCCAUUUUGAAGGCCUCCGUGCAGUCUUCGAUGUCGAACGGGCUCUACGUCUCGGAAUCCGUAACUCGGCACCACGCUGCCUUAGGCAUCGACGCCACAAACCUCACGCUUCUCGACAGCCAUGUCCACGCUGUCCUGGAUCAAUUGGCCGCAGAGCAAAAUAAGUUGCGGCGAUUCUUGGCCACGAAUCGAAUGUUCGUGCACGAGCUCGAGGCCUCGGGCGAGUCUGCCGCGCUGUUGAAGUCCAAAGCCCAAAUCGUGCAAGUGGAAGAGCUGCUAGCCAUGCGCGUCCAGUCCAUUCUCACCAGUCACAUGCCGCUCUCAGUUUGGAAUCCGUUAGAAAUGUGGCCAGACUUUGUCUACUCGCGAGAUUCCCAGGCGACCCACAUCUCAGAGACCGAACACAAGGCGGACGAGUCGUUGUCAUCGUCGUCGUCGCUGUUUGCGGCCACGCGACACCGCGACGACGCGCCCUUGUUCGAUGACAACCCCAUCGUCCAUUAGAUGAGGGUUCGUUCUGUCUUCGGAACGAUCCUUUAGUCAAAACCUUUUUUGAUCGUGAAUCUUUAAAUUUACAGUUAAACA